UUUCUCUUCUUGUGACAACGUGGGGAUUAGUUGCACGCAAAUUUUAAAAUCUGUCAAAAAUGGCAAGUACCGUAACUAAAAUUUCCCGAUCUCUCUUGAAAACUACUGCAGGGGGUGUUCGGAACUCCAGGGCAACUCUAUUAAAAUCACAAAUUCGCCAAUAUGGUACUGACAAACGUAUUGUCGUGGAAAAACCAGUGGUGGAAUUGGAUGGUGACGAGAUGACUCGAGUCAUCUGGGAAAAAAUUAAGGAGAAGCUAAUUUUUCCUUAUCUGAAACUGGAAUGUCUGUACUAUGACCUUGGCCUUCCCUACAGAGAUCAAACUAAUGACCAAGUAACUUUUGAUGCUGCAGUGGCUAUCCAGAAGCACAAUGUGGGUAUUAAAUGUGCCACUAUCACGCCUGAUGAGCAGAGAGUUGAAGAAUUUAAGUUGAAGAAAAUGUGGCCUAGUCCCAAUGGUACAAUCAGAAACAUCUUAGGAGGCACUGUGUUCCGUGAGCCCAUUAUCUGCAAGUCUAUCCCUCGAUUGGUGCCUGGUUGGACAAAGCCUAUAGUUAUUGGAAGGCAUGCUCAUGGAGAUCAGUACAAAUGUACAGAUUUGGUAAUUGAGAAGCCAGGCCGUGUAGAAUUUUUGUAUACUCCUCAUGAUGGCAGUGAACCUCGCAAAGUGGAGAUCUUCAAUUUUCAAGAUUCUGCAGGUGUUAUCAUGGGCAUGUACAACACUGAUGAAUCUAUUAAAGGAUUUGCCCGAAGUUGCUUUGAAUAUGCUGUCAGUAAGAAAUGGCCUCUUUAUUUAAGUACAAAAAAUACUAUCCUUAAGAGAUAUGAUGGCCGAUUCAAAGACAUCUUUCAAGAAAUCUAUGAAAGAGAUUAUCAAAGUAAAUAUGAGUCUUUGGGCAUCUGGUAUGAGCAUAGGUUGAUUGAUGAUAUGGUUGCUCAAGCUCUCAAAUCCUCUGGUGGUUUUGUGUGGGCCUGCAAGAAUUAUGAUGGAGAUGUACAGUCAGAUGUUGUAGCACAAGGUUAUGGCUCUUUGGGUCUGAUGACUAGUGUAUUGGUGUGCCCAGAUGGAAAGACUAUUGAAUCUGAAGCAGCUCAUGGAACUGUCACUCGACAUUAUCGAGAACACCAAAAGGGUAGACCUACUAGUACAAAUCCUGUUGCUAGCAUUUUUGCUUGGACUAGAGGUUUGGAGCACAGAGCAAAAUUAGACGGAAAUGGUGACCUUAAGAGGUUCUGUAAAGUUUUAGAAAAAGCUUGUGUAGAUACUAUAGAUUCAGGGAAAAUGACUAAAGAUCUUGCAGGAUGUAUCCAUGGACUGAAAAAUGUCAAAGAAUCUGACUAUCUGUAUACUAUGGACUUUCUGGAGGCUAUUUCUGAAGAAUUAGAGAAGCAGCUCAAGCUCUAAGAAGAAUAGAAUUAAAGAAAAAUCUCAUUUCAUUCAUCAGGGGAUUGGUUAAAUUAUGCAUAGAAUUUAGCAAAUGGAUGCACAUCACAGGCUUUUCAUACUUUUAAUAUUUUUUUUCUAAUUCCUUUUCUCACUCUUUUAAUCAGAAUAAACAAAAGUUAUAGUUAAGACCUUGAGGCUAAAAUAUCUUGUUAGCAAUUAUUAUAAAUUUGUUUAAAUUUUAUGUUUUUGACUUAUAUUUAAAAAUAUUUUUAAACCGUCGUUCUUACUCAUAUUGAAUCAUAAUGCAUAUUUUGCUCAUUAAUUAAAUUUUGUGCGGCAUGUGAAUUGCUGGCAAUUACUAGUAAAUGUUUCCUCAUUAUUGAAUUUGUUGAGCUUAUCUAAAAUGUCCUCUGUUAAAUUUUAUAUUAUUUUGUGUAAAGAAACGUUCAUUAUAUAACAGGGUAUUAAAAAUGACUUAUUUGUUAUUUUUAUUGCUGCUAAAAUUUUGAUUCAUUGUUAUAUCAUUUAAAUUAUUUAUUCAAAUCAUCAUUUUAUUUCAAAUGAAACGAAAUUAUUCAUAUGUCAUGAAUUGAAUAAAUAUAUAUUUUUCUCUUUUUUAGAAAAUACUAUAUGUUAAAAUGUAUCCAUAUUUCUUGUAAAUUUUUUAAAAAGUAGUUAUAAUAGUUGAGUUUUUGUAUUCCUUUAAUGAAUUUCCCUCUUCCUUUGUUUAAAAGGCAGCUUGUAUAUUUUUCUGGGCCUAAAAAGUCAUUCGUUUGUAUUCAGGGUAAAACAAAGAUUGGUUUUAUUCACAGUUUGGAAUAGAUGAGUUAAGAAAACAACAUUCCAUGAUGAUGAGAUGCUUGUUAUUCAUGAUUAAUUAAAGAAAUUAGAUGUGGUCAAAUUCUAUACAAAAAAGGAAUUUUGUGACAAGAACAAUUAUUUGCUAAAUUUUAUUGCCUAAAAAGCAAAUAUUUCUUAAAACUCUUCAUAAUUCUCAAUAGCAUUAAAAGAAAUGUAUAAUAUUUUCACUUAUUGUAAUGUUACAUGUGCAUAUUAGUAUUUGUAUUAGUAGAAAAAUCCCUGUAAAAUAUUCUGAGGUCUCCAAUCUUCGUUAAAAUUCCUUGAAAUUUUUUUUAUAGAAAUGUACAUCAUAUUAUGAGCAUCAAUUGUGAGUUUUUAACCUUUUGGGUAUUGCCUUAUAAUUCUGGCAUUUAAUAACAUCUGUAUAUUUCACAAUGCUAUUUUUACUGUACACACUUUAAAAAAUUUAUUUUCUUAUCAAAUUAACAAUAGCUUAUCAUGCAAAUAAUAGCUGUUUUAAAUGCAUCAUUUAUUAUUUGUAGCAGUUCUAUCAAGCUGAAAUUCUUGUAAAUUAAACUUUUUCAAUUUUUCUUGCACUGUAAAAAGAGGUAUAGAGCUUGAGAGGAUGAUUGUGAUAUGCAUGUUGUACCAUGUCUAAUGUGCAUUUAAUUUAUUGAUUGCUGUUAAAAUAGUGUACUGUUUCAAUUGAUACCAUUUUUCUACCAAUAAAGUCAUCUCUUACCAAA